AUGGCUCACAAGCAAAUACACUAUUCGAACAAAUAUUCAAAUGAGCAUUAUGAAUACCAGCAUGUCACGUUACCCAGAGAACUUUCUAAGCAAGUACUCAAAACCCAUCUAAUGUCCAAAGAGGAGCGGAGGAGACUUGGUGUUCAACAAAGACUAGGAUGGGUAUGUAACAUGAUUUAUGAGCCAGAAACAUAUAUUCUUCUCCUUAGACAACCACUUCCAAUGGGGCAAAAAAAAAAAAAUAGAAAAUUAAAUAGGAAUUACCAAUUAUGUCUUUUUCCCCAAGUUUAA